AUGGGAUUCGUUGAGGCGGAAUUGCCGGACCAGGCGCCUGUUGAGGCGUCAAACACUCCAAGAAAGGAGAUCUUCACGUCAGAGUCGUCACCCUGGUUUCGAAGAAAUUCGUUUUUGUCGCAGAGCAUGAUCGACAACGAAAACUCCUCAGUAUAUGACUCUUACAGCUUUUUACCAGGCACUUCGUCAUACAGCAUUAUUUCCUUAAAGGAAUGUCAGGGUUUCUUGUUUAACCAGGACCUUUUUGCCACUCCAUACCAGCAGCUGCGGUCUGUGGCCCGAGAAAAGCGUAUUCGUGCUCUCAGUUUCUCGCAGAGACCCACCUCCAAGUCCAGAAGUAACUCGUCGUCCACAAGCUGCUCCAGCUCGCCGGCACCUGUCAAACAGAGACGUCACACAUCUUACAAUCCAAGGCCACAAUUUAAUUUCGCCGGUUUUCGUGGCGGCUCGGCGGUGGACGACGAUCUGAUGGAUAUCGACGAGUUCCCUGAAGCUCUACAGCGAAGCGUAGUUGUAGACGAGUAUGAGGAAGCCGUUUUGGGCGAGAGUGACGGCCUAGAAGGCAAUGAUGAUGCGGAAGACGACGACGAUGAUGACGACGAUCAAAAUAGCGAAGAAGAUACCAGCAGUUAUGGGUUCAUGAGUGGCCAUUAUAACGUGCGAGUCACGGACAUCAUAGUGAAUGAAGAGGAUACCAGUUUUCUUCCCACGGAGGAAUGA